AAACAAGCCAAACAGAAUUGGCGUAUGUGGACAAUGCUCGAAAGGAUGUACAUAAUAAUGCAGGGUAGAGCUCAAACAAUUAACAGGAGUUGACCAGCUGGCUGAGCAAUGUCCCAGUUAUCGCACACCGAUGCGGUUCUUGACCGCGUUUUAACUCGAAUAGUAUCAGCGGGUAACACAAGGUCGCAAGGUGGCCGGAGUCCCGCGAGGAGCAUUGGAUCUGCGUUUCAGCAGCGGGACCUCAGCACUGGUCGAUGCGUCUCUGGAGUGGACAAGCGCCGAGCGGGUGCCGCAGCGAAACUGCCCAACUCACACCGCCCAACCACAGCAACUUAUGGAGGUGCCAGCUCACGGGAUUCCAGCCUUGCAGGCACGACCGCCUCGGUAGUACCGCAGCUGGUUUUCUCCCGGAGUAUUCUCCAUGGCUCCGGAUCCCUGCAGCUGCAGGGCCCGGCGACAGCCUCCAACGUAGCCACUCCUGCAACCGCAGCAUCCUCAACCGCCACAACGCACGCAACUCCCGGCUGCACCUCUUCGGCCGCGCCUGGGGUAACAGCACCCGCAAACGCAAUCCUGCGGCAACGGGCGCAGCAGCAGCAACAGCAACACACCACCCCCCAGCAGCGUCUGCAGGCCUCCACUGCCGCAAACCAUGCAGUCAAAGCCGGCGGAGGAGCCCGCAACAGCCCCAACUCCCGACGUCAGCAUGAAGGGUUCGGUGGGAAGAGCGACGGCGGCUGCGGCGCUACUAGCCAAGCUAUCCUCCGCUCUGGAGGGGCGGGUGCUGCCUCCCCUGCCGAGGUGGACCAUAGCCAUCAUGGCAACGCCCGUGACGUCAGCCCCGGCCUACCAGCCAACCGGUCCGCUGCCGGUGCGGCUCAGCCACACGCACUGAGCCAUGCAUCAGGAGCCGCAGAGCCGCAUGGAGAUGCUGCGCAGUCCAAUGUGGGCGCUGAUUGCGAGGCAGGCGGUGGCGCCCGACGAGGCGGCGGUCGCAGCUCAAACACCAUUACUCGUACUGCAGCCUUGCGAGCCCUCAAGCAGCAGCGCUCUACCACGCCAGAACGUAUUGCGGAGGCUCGGGCGGCUGCGGAGCCGGGCAGCACCGAGGCCAAGCUGCCGGCAGCGUGCCCUCCGCUUGCUGACUCGGCUGCGGGUGGUACGGCAGCAGCAGCCGGGGUCGCGGCUGGUAGUGGAGGUGUAGGGGGCGGGCCUAUGGUGGCGGCGGCUGGGCCUGCUAGCAAUUUGCGGGCUGCUGCCCCUGUGACAGGCGCCAAUGCGGUGGCAGCGGCGUUGAUGCCACACCCUAGCUACGUGCAUGGAGCCGCCGUUACCGCUGCUUCUGACGCGGCUCAGGCCACGGAGGUUCAGACCUGUAACGCAAGCGUGCACCCCCACGGCGGCGACCAGUCCGCAGCCGUCAUGGGCGAUACCAGCGAGCUAGAGGCCUUUGCCUCCGCUCUCGCAGCGGACGAUCUGGUCCAAAUCGGGUCGCAGCAGGGCUCCCGGUCCCGGCGGACGUCCUCGGCAUCCUCCAAGGGUGCAGCUACAGGGCACAUCCCCGGGUACGCAGCCACAGCUGCAACCCGGGUUGCGCUGCUAAGUGGCGUGGCGGGGUGGGGUCGAGGUGUGGAGGACCGCUCGCCGUCACCGCGGCGUGGCACCUCGUCCACGGCUGGGGCGUGGCCGGCUGGAGGUGCGGGGUCCGCGGCCUCGGCUGUGGUGCAGCGGCAGCAGCGGGCCAUGCGGCAACACGUGCAGAGGCAGACCAGCCCGUCGCCGGGACGUGGGCCGGUUACGGCGCGGUCGGGAGCGACGGCGGUGGCAGCAGCGGCGUCUGGUGGCCGAGGAAGGCCUUCCUUGUCGCCACCGCCUCAGCGUCCGACGGCUGUUGAGCCACGACAGCAGCGGCAGCAGGAGCAGCCGCAGCAGCAGCAGGAGGUGGAGGUUAACGGUAACGGCGGGGCGGCCACGGCAUCCCAGUCACGCAUUCGUCGACUGGAGGAGCAGGUGGUGGCGCUGUCCGCCCAGCUGUCGGACCUGCAGUCCAACCGCGCGGACCUGGAGUUUGAAGCCCAGGAAGAGCAACAGCAGCAGGCACGCAACGCGGCAGGCCAACCGCUUCCGGCGUUGUCAGCACCGCAUGGGGAUGCGGGGAAGGAAGGGGCGCCAACGCUGGGAGCUUCCACGCCGCGUGAGGUCCAGCACAACCAACAGCCGCAAGCGCAACCUCAGCUGCUAGAUCAGAUCAAGGAGAUCAUGGACCGCGAAACCGACCUGAAGCAGCAGCUCACUCGGGCGCGAGCCACCAACGAGACGCUGGCCUCCCAGAACCGGACGCUGUACGGCACGCUGGAGGAGACGCUGUCAGCCGCGGAACAGGCAGCCCAGGAGUUGAAGCAGCUCCGGACGGCUCACACGGCGCUUCAGGCCGACUAUGAUGCCGCCAAGGCCUCAGCGGCGCAGCUGACGGAGGAGCUAGGUCUGCGGGACAGAGCUCUGGCGGCGGUCCAAGCCGAAUUCAGCUCGCUGCGGCGGCGGCACGAGGAGUCGCAGGCGGCGGCCGAGGCGGCUCGCAGGGACGGAGCGCUGCGGGAGGCCCGACUGCGUCGGGAGCUGGAGGCCGCGUCGCAAGAGGCAGCGACGGCGUUGGCGGCGCUGGCAAAGCUGCAGCGCGAGCACCAGCAGCUGCACAGCCGCAAGGGCGACCGCGACCGGCAGCUGGCCGCGCUGGCCAAGAAGGCGGAGGCGCAGCAGGAGCAGCUGGCGACUGCAGCCAGGGUGGCGCAGGAGUCGGCGGCUCUGGUCCGCGAGCUGGAGUCCCGGGCGACGCUGCUGCGCACACGCAACACCGCGCUAGAUAAGGCGGUUGCGGCGGAGAAGGAGGCGCGGCAAGCGGCACAGGAGCAGGUACGACAGAUGGAGGAGGAAAUUGCGCUGCUCGUCGCUAUCGUACGACAAAGCGACCCCACUCUCGACACGCUGGUUCGCUACAAGAGCGACCCCGCAGCCGCCGCGGCGCUUGCAGCCUCCGCUGCUGCCGCCGCAGCCGAGGCGCUGCUUCAGGUGUCUCCCUCCCCAGAUUCCGGAUCCGCCGCCGCUGCAGCAUUCGCAGCCCUGCAGACGGGAUCAUGCGGGGACACCGGUACCUCUGCUGGGAGCUGCUCCCUGGUGGUAGCCAGCUCCACGAGCGAACCCGCUGGUGGCGUGACGGGUCCCGCAGCAGGGCCGUUGACGACGGCGGGCGGCGAGGACGGGGUGCCACGACUGGGGAGCCAUGGGGAGGGGCAUGCUGUCGUUACGAUCAUCCCUUCCGGCAUGGGCGGGGGAGGUGUUGCAGAUGGGAUUGGUGGCGCGUGGGCGGCUCAUCAGCACCAAGGCCCGCCGUUGCCCAGGACGGUUUCCUCCCGUGCCGCAUCGGCUGCAACAAUGCCAGCUACAGCCUCUUUCGCCUUACGUUCCAUUCUGCACCUCCAACCCGCCUUAACAGCACUCCAUGUCGGCAGCAGCCUCUCCCUCCCCACCUCCCAAGCCGGCGCGCCCGACCACACACCCUCCUCCGAAGAAGUCAACCCAGCCAAGCUGACCCACACGUACG